GUUCGGUGCAGUUGCUGAAAUAAGAGAGUUAAAAAAGUCACAUUAAUUAAAUUAAUUAAAAUGAAAUUCAUUGCUUUAAUCGUUUUCGCAUUCAUGCUUAUAUGCUCUAUUCAAGCACAAAAAAAUGGGUGCCCUGAAAUCUGUCCAGCAGUCCUUUCACCUGUUUGCGGUUUUAAUGGAAUAUGUUAUAAAGAAUUUGGUAACAGUUGCGAAUUGGAUGCAUCACCAUGCAAUGGAAGAGGACAUUUCCGACAAGUUGGUUUGGAGGAAUGUUCUAAGCCUGGAGUGCGUCUAUGUAACUAAGAUUAAUUUAUAUGCAAGCAUUAUUUUAAUAUGUAUAUAUAAAAUAAUUG